UGAAGAGUUCCAGAAGGUGCUCAGUCUGCAUGCCAGCAUGAUGCACGUGGCGCUGGAGGAGUUUGACCAGUACUGUGACUUCAACAGCUGGCUCUGUGACAUCCACAUCUUCUGUAAGAAGUGGAGCGACAAGUCCGUCAAGGAAUUCAAGGGGUCUGCUGCUUUCACCAUUGAGCAAAAACUGACAGAAAUCCGCCAGUGGUCGGAGAAAGUGCGUAACUUUGACCGAUAUUUCGUCUCCGAGAAUGGCAUGUUCUAUAUUGACUGUUCGAUAAUUCACAAUGUCCUGCUGCCCAAACUGGAUGAGAUUUACCAGGAGCUGAUCACCUUUGUGUCUGAGGAAGGCAAGACCCUUGCCAAACUUUUUGUUAGUGAUAUGCAGACGGUGUUGCAGAACUUGAAGAAAAAACAUGCGUCUGUAGGGGCGUUCGCGAUCUACGCCAAGAACUAUUACCAGUACAAGAAGAAUAUGCCAAACUAUCAGCAACGGAUCGAGUACAUCAAGUCUCUCUUUGAGGUGAUCCGGAUGAGCUACCGCCAGCUGAGUGCGGAGGAGGAGAAGCUGGAGGAGAGUGUGUGGGCGCUGUGGGAGGCGUUCAUGAUGCAGAUGCAGGACGCAGCUGAGUUUGUCAACACACAGACACCUGUCAUGACCAGACAGCUGGAGGACACAUACCAG